GGAGGGAAGGCAGAGAAAGAGGGAGGGCAAAGGGCCGUUUAGUGAGUUAAUUUCCGCCUCCUGCUAGCAGGAUCUCCGGGCAAGGCCUGGCUGGCGGUGCCAGCACAAAUCCCCGAUCCCACCGUCUGCAGCCCCAGCCUUCAGGUUUGCAAAAUCCAGGGUGCGUGGCUGUUCCACGGCAUUCAGAAAACUUGCCUGAGAAGACUUUGGACACUUAAGCUUCCUGGUGUCAAGCUUCUGAAAGGAUGGGGAUUUGUGCCCUUCUACAGCAGUGCCACCCCUUGCAGAUGUGACAUGCCCUCCAUUUUGGACAGAGCUUGGCCCAGGAUGGCAGGGAACUCCCAGGCGGAUCUAGGCUUUGAAGGGAUCUUCCAGGUCUUAGCUCAGAUCCCAGAGGUCAGGCUGAUUCAGUAUAGGCAUAAACUGAGUUGCUCACCCCAAGAGCAGAGGAGCUGUCAUCUCCUGCACAUCAUGAUCCUGUUACAUUUGGGAAGAGAAGAUGAGGCCAGGGUGCACCUCAACAGCUUCAGGGAUGACGUGGCUGCAAGCCAUCUCUUCCGGUCCCGCUGGGGCAAUGCUGGAGCAGGGAGGGCGCCCCCAGAGCACCUGCAAGAGCACGCGGAGGUGGCCCGGACUGUGGCUGGGAUCUACUCGCUUUUGGCUGAUGAGGAGCUGUGCAAACCACUGGCCAGGGAUGAGGCCUACGGGGCAGCUAUCCGGGCCUUUCAAGCCAGCAAUAUUCAAGGAGCCCAACUCAAAAGUCUCCUGGACGAAGCGGUGGAUAGAUGUGGACUGCAGUUCAUCUCAACGGUGACAAGGCCUAAUUUUGGUGCUCCGGUCUCAGGGCGAGGGGUGUUGACUCAGCCGAGGAGGAGCAGCCCAGUGCCAAUUGACGGUGCCUCCCUUUCCGAUAAUCCUCAGCCUUUACGUUCCACAGGUAGCCCUGUCUCCCACAUCAGCCUUGAGAUCAGCAAGACUUCCUCAGCCCUUGAAACUGACUGCCCUUACGGCAUAGACGCUUCUUCGCCACCAGCCGGCCACGUAGAAGAAACCAGCUCCAUGUUGUUGGGCAACGGCUGCUCUGUCAACUCGGGGGGACCUUCUCUACAGAACUCCAGGGGCCUCUGCUCACUGCCUGACCCCGAAAGCACACGGUCUCCCCAGGCAUCUUUCCAGUACCCCACGCGGUGCACGCCAACACCCAAAACAGCAGCAGCAGCAGCAGGACACUCGCCUGCCCCCGUCCAGACCCCACCUCUGCAGAGGCUGGAUCCAGCGGCUUCCACAGGAGGAAGCCCCACAGGAGGAGCUCCAAGGCCCGGGGCCAAUUCCUCCGCUCCAGCACAGAUCACGAGCCUCGGACCCCCGCGGUCUUCCUCCUCUUUGGAACUCGCCUCUUGCAACUCGGCAGAAGCUCCUUCUUCGGUGGGUCCACCAGCCGAUGAAAGGCAGUUCUACACUUUUGUGGUCCUGCACGCGGCAGAAGACGAGGCGGUGGCCGGCCAGGUGAAGGAACGCCUGGAGGCCUUGGGCGUCUCCAACGGGGCGACCUUCAGCGAGGAUUUCCUCGUCCCUGGACAUUGCCAACUCAACUGUUUCCAGAACGCGCUGGACAACUCAGCCUUCACUCUCCUGCUCCUGACCAGGAAUUUCAAGGGCCGCCUUUUGGCCUACCAGCGCAACACGGCCCUGAUGGAUUCCCUCACCCGCUUCUGCAAAAGCAACUCCGUGAUCCCGUUUGUGCCCAAGGAAAGCUCUCUGAAGCCAGAGGAGAUGCCCCUCAUGCUGGCCUCCCUGGUACCCUUGCUUGAGAAGUCUCCUGUCUUUGCCCGUAGGGCGAAGAAGACGUUCAGGCCAGCGGUGGUCCAGCAGAAGAAAGCGGCCUGGCACGUCACACGGCAGAUCCGGGAAAUGGAGGAGAGGCACGAACGAGAGCAGGAAGAACUGCAGAUGCAACAGCGUCUGUCUGCGCUCAGCCUCCACUCACAAGCCGCAACACCAGGGGUGGAUGUUUGGAGGUUACAAGGCCCAGGGGGCCAUGCCCCUCAAGCCUUUCCUCCUUCCACAGGGGUUGAUCAGGGCUCCUCCCAACCACUCAUGUUCUCAGUGGGCUCUUCAAACACGGUGCCCGGCCCCCAGCUUAUCAUUCAGAAUGCCCAGAUGAUUCAGAUCGGAGACUAUAAUUGCAUGCAAGUGGAGAGAACCAAUGCAGCGGUUGGCACAGUGGAUGAAACUCUUGGGGACCAGGGAUAGAAAAAGGGACCAGCCGCUGAGACUGAAAACCAAGUGCCAUCUAGCAGAGCUCCAGGAAUGCACCAUGUUGGGGGAAGGACAGCCUGCAGAAAACUGUCCUGAAUUCCCAAAUCACAAUGGUCAGCGACCUUGUCAAGGGAGGGGGCCCUUUGGUCUGUGUCCUUGUGCCAAGAUGCGGGUGCCACUGAGAACUGGGAGCUCGAACGUGGCGGCACAGGAGAACCGGAAGCCCAGAGGGCGGCCUAGCUUCAUCGAUGACCAUAAGCCCUUUGCCAUCUCCCAUCAAAUAAAGGACAAAAUGUACUACUGCUGAA